AUGGUUCGCUGGGCGAAGCUCUUCGGCUUCAGCGACAGAGACCGACGCCAUUCCCACGAUGAGAUUCAGCAUCUUCUCCCUUCACAUCGGGAACGUCAGAUCCCGUCUGCCAUCCCAGCCAAGCAAGUCAUCUAUGUCGCCCUACGCCUGAAGUACCAGAUCGAGCAGAUCGUGCCGUGCGAACUACCGGAAGAGCGCAUUAGUGCACCGCACAGCAAUGUCAUCACGCCGGCUGUUGUCAAGACUGCCAAGUCUGCUGGAAAGCUGUCAGGCCACAGCGAGGACUACUCGUCGUGUGUAGUCUACUGCCUGCUGGUCGUCAAACACUGGUUCAAGCUGCAGGCUCAGCUCGAACUAUGGGAUGCCGACCUCCACAACGUCCGCGCGACAGCAUGCGAGGUCAUCGCUAAGAGCAUCAUCGAAAACGAAGAGGACAUGCCAUACCUCAUGGAAGACGUCCUCCUCAAGCGCUAUGCCAUCGUGGUCGACGGCGAGGACACCGUACCCUCGAACGCUAUAGAAAAGGCCGUCGACCUGCACGCCGUUCGAGUCAUCGCCAGCUCCGGCUACCAGAAAUGCAUCGCCCAUCUGUGGCGCGGCUGGCUGGUCCAAGAUGAAAAUGACCCGAGUCGCUUCGUAGAUUACAAAGGCAAGACGAACACAUCCUACUGGGCCCACCUGGAUCCAGAUCGCAUGCGUGUUCCUCAAUACCAGAAUGCCGUCCAGAUCAUCAUCUCCUUCGUCUUCCUCGGCCUGUACACGGGAGCGAUCAAUACCAUCAAUCCGUCCGGCGAUCUAGACAUCGUAGAAGGUCUACUCUACCUCUUCACCCUCGGCUUCAUCUGCGAUGAGCUAUCGAAAAUCUAUAAGGUAGGGCGAUACUACCUCGGGUUCUGGAACACCUUCAACAGUAUUCUCUACGGCCUCCUCACUAUUUCCUUCAUCACGCGCAUGAUAGCUCUCGGCCACGACUUCGGUAGCGCCGAAAGGCGUCGCAUGAACGAAUUAUCCUACGACUUCCUGGCAUUCUGCGCGCCGAUGUUUUGGGCGAGGAUGAUGCUUUAUCUGGAUGGUUUCCGCUUCUUCGGAGCCAUGCUUGUCAUCCUCAAAGUCAUGAUGGCCGAAUCGCUCAUCUUCUUCGCCCUUCUAAUUGUCGUCCUAAUUGGUUUCCUCCAAGGCUUUAUAGGUCUAGACCAGGCGGACGAUAAUCAGCUGGGCGCCGUAGGCUUCAUCGUCAAGCAGAUGGUCAAUGCUAUCAUGGGCUCACCUGAAUUCGACGGCUGGGAUCGCUUCGCGCCGCCAUUCGGAUUGAUACUUUACUACAUCUACAACUUCAUUAUUAUCGUCAUCCUGCUGAAUGUGCUCAUUGCACUCUACAACUCCGCCUACGAGGAUAUCACCGAGAACGCUAUCGACGAGUAUCUUGCGCUCUUCAGCCAGAAAACCAUGCAAUUCGUACGCGCACCGGACGAGAACGUAUUCAUCGCUCCUUUCAACCUGAUCGAAAUCGUCUGUAUCUCCUUACCGUUUGAGUGGUGGAUGUCGAAAGACCAAUACGAGCGCCUCAACGACAUCGUCAUGGGCACAAUCUACUCCCCUCUCCUCCUCAUUACAGCAUGGUUGGAAACCCGCACGGCGAGGAUGGUAAAGUGGAAUCGAUCCCGGCAUGAGAGCGACGACGAUACGGUUGAGGAGUGGGAGCAACUUGCCGAGGAGCUGGAUUUGGAGGGUACGGGGUGGAGUAAGAGGGUUGAGGAGAGCGCGCCUAACGUUGUUACCGAGGCGGCUGUCUUGGAGGUGCAGAAGUUGAGAGAUGAGGUCAAGGAGUUGAAGGAGUUGAUGAAGACGUUGAUUGGGGGUGGAAUUUAUGGGGGCGCGCAUGAUGAUGCUCCGAGGUGA